AGGCCGCCCCCUUCCGGCCCCCGCGGGCCCCCACGGGUCGUCGCGCGGCGGGGCGCGCGGCGGCCUGGGCCAUGGAGCUGGUGAUAAGCCAGAUCCACACGCUGUCGACGAGGAACGACGGCGACCUGAAGAAGCUGAAGGACUUCCUGCGGCACGAGGCGGAGAGCCUGAAGACCAACGCGCACCACAUCGACCAGGCGCUGGACACGCUGGACCCCGCGUCGCACACCCUGGGCAUUGCCUUCUUGCUUGCGGCGCAGCUCGGCGCGGCCGUCUUCGCGGACAAGCGCAAGACCUUGGUGUACGUUGGCAACUUCCUCAAGGCCGCCGACGAGCAGCAGCUCAAGAAGGCAUCCCAGCCCGUCAGCACGCUGUGCCGAUCCUACGCGCAGAUGGCCAUAGAAGACGGCCAGGCCGCGAUGGUGCAGGCCGUGCUGCCGCUCCGGUGCGCAGUCGAGAAGCUGAGGCCCAGCGCGGAGACGCUGACGCCGGUGCACGCCGACUUCCUCCGCGUGUGCCUGAAGGCGAAGGCCUACCCUUUCGCCUCGCCGGUGCUGGAUCAGCCCAUCUACGACAUCUCCAUGAGCAACGGGAGCUCCUCGCAGAUGACGCCGCAGAGCUUCCUCUGCUACUUCUACUACGGCGCGCUCCUGCGGAUAGGCAUGAAGGAGUAUCAGCUCGCACUGCAGAUGCUGCUGGUGGUCUUGACCUGCCCGGCAUCAUGCCUGAGUGCCAUCCAGGCGGAUGCGUACAAGAAGUACGUCCUCGUCUCUCUGAAGGCCCACGGCGAGUCUCAGGCGCUGCCGGUGUACGCGUCGCACAUCGUCCAGAGAUAUGCCGCGAUAAACGGCUACGUGCAAGACUUGGCAGAGGCCUUCAAGGCUGGCGAUACCGCGGCCAUGAACAGGGUGGCGGAGGAGAAAGCCGCGCAGAUACAGGCGGACCAGAACACUGGUCUCGUGAAGCAGGUUGUGGCGUCCCUGCAGAGACACAAGGUUCAGUUACUAACUAAGACGUACCUCACGCUCUCCCUUGCAGAGAUAGCCAAGGAGCUGGGCAUCGAGGAGUCGAAGACUGCCGAGGUGGAGGAACUCCUCUUCGAUAUGAUUUCGAACGGGGAGAUCAAUGCGAGGAUAGACCAGAUCACUGGAAACGUCUCUUUCGAGGACGACUCCGAAGACAUGGAUAGCGCUAUGAUGGAGAAGAUGCAGGACAAGCUGGCCCGCAUCCUCGAGCUCGCCUCGCGCCUUGCCUCCUUCGAGCAUGAGGUGGCCUCGAGCGAGGCCUACAUCCGAAAGGUGGCCACCCUGGAGGGCGAUCGCCCCGGGGCGGCUCCGGCGAUGGGCGGCUACGGCGACUACAUGGACAUGUGACCCGCCGGGGGCCGCCCUGCCGGGGCCGCCCCUGGGGCUCCGCGGUUCAUCUGACAGCUGGGGGGGGAAUGGUCUUUCUGCACCUCCGCCGCUUCCCCGUCUGGCCUGUUCUGGUUCCCCGGAGGCUCCCCCCCAGGAACGGCGGACGGCCGCCUUGCUGGUCCGUGUUGUGGCAGAGAAGGGCGUGAGGUGGGGAGCCUUCCCCCUCGGAGCCGUUCGCGGCCGCUCGCUGUACGUAGGCAGCCUCGCCGAGCAGUGCGAUCGACAGCUGCUGCGCCUCGAUGCUCGCGCGCCCCGCUACUCUCUGGAUGACCACGGCUCCGCCCGCAAUUUCUUCCCGUCCCUCCCGCUUCUGCUGCUGUCGCGGCG